CACACGAUGCUUCCCCACUAUCCGCCGUCGAAAUUUCCUCCCUUUCUCGACGUUACUGGAUCAGCGUGGUUGCUGUCACCGGCGAUCGGCGAGCAAGCUGUCUGGCCUCAUCAUCACCGGACCAGCACGGAAAAGAAUUGGUCUUUACAAAGUAAUUGCAGUCGGAAUAGCCUACUCUGAAGACUGAAGUUCACGGCUUAGUUCUUACCCAAGGAACAAAUGGUAGGAUGUACAACGAUGGGGAAAAGAAAUGGUCUUUACAAUGUAAUUGCAGCUCGAUUCUACUCCAGAAUCGCUCCUCCACCACCCGCAUACGCCCAACCAGUCAUAAGAGUCACCAACAAUGUAGCUCAUCUGGGUUCCCCAAAAGAGGGUCCGAAGCCCCGGCAGCUUCUUUUCUUGCCUCCAUUUCCCGGUCUGCCUCUCCCCGGGAAGAACUUGCUUGGUGAUCCUGGGCGUCUCACUGCCAUCAGCUGGGUCAAGUAUUACUUCAAUGACAUGUCUGGUGAAAAUAUCGAAUCCCAUUUCAAGAAGGGCCUUGUUUACGUGGAAUGCCAAAGUUCCAGUGACUCGUUUGAAAUUAAAGGAUUGGGGAAGUUGGUGAGAAAGAUUAAGCCGCAUGAUGCAAUGGAAGAGGGAGCUAGAAUUCAUGUUCCAGUAUCGAUUGCCGAGUCUAGGAUCUCGAAGAGAUUUGACACCAUCCCAAGUGGUACUUUGUAUCCAAAUGCAGAUGAGAUCGACUACUUGCAAAGGCUUGUGAAGUACAAGGAUGCAGCUCUGAUUGUUCUAAAUAAGCCCCCAAAGUUGCCAGUCCAGGGCAAUAUGCCUGUUCAUAAUAGUAUGGAUGCAUUGGCUGCUGCUGCUUUGUCUUACGAUUAUGACGAGGGACCCAAGCUGGUUCACCGGCUAGAUAGGGAAAGCAGCGGGCUCAUCUUACUGGGACGGACAGAAGAAAGUGUAUCUCAUCUUCAGUGGCUAUUCAGCAACCUCAAUAAAGCAAAAUCUCGAUGUAAGGACUGGAAUGAUGCCUGUGAAGCUACAUACCAACGAUACUGGGCCUUAGUUAUAGGCUCCCCGAAGGAAAAGGAAGGCUUGAUUCGUGCUCCUCUUUCAAAGGUCCUUCUUGAUGAUGGCAAGACAGAGCGAAUCAUCUUGUCUGGGGGGUCUGUUUUCGAACCUUCGCAAGAGGCUCUCACAGAAUAUCGAGCCUUAGGUCCUAUGAUCAACGGAUGCUCGUGGCUCGAACUUCGCCCAUUAACUAGCUGGAAGCAUCAGCUUCGUGUCCACUGUGCUGAAGCGCUGGGUACUCCAAUCGUGGGGGACUACAAAUACGGCUGGUUCGUGCACAAGAGAUGGAGGCAAAUGCCUCGAGUUGACAUCGAGCCGACCUCAGGGAAGCCAUACAAAUUGCGCAGGCCAGACGGUAUAGAUGUUCAGAAAGGAAGUGUGAUGUCGAAAGUCCCAUUGCUGCAUCUCCAUUGCCGGGAGCUCGUCCUUCCCAACAUUGCCAAGUUUAUGAAUGUCCUGAAUCAGAGAUCGGGAUCCCAUCACCGGCCUACUACGAUGAGUGAACCAUCCGAUCUUCUCCUCCGGUUUGUGGGCGCAAUGCCAAACCAUAUGAAAAUUAGCUGGAACCUCAUGUCAUCUUAUUUGGUGUGAAAGACAAUUCGCAAUAGUAUUUGGUUCUUUGACUACUCUAUUAUGAACACGAUCAACAAACCGAAUCCUAAAUGAGCAUCAAAACUGGUCGGUUCGUGCAUUCAUUACAUCAAACCUGCCUUUAAAACACGCACUUGUCAAGUUGUAGCAGUGCCGUUACCAUCAGUUUGUCUUCCCCGUCGCAAUCCUUUUCCUUUCUUCUCCAACGCAACACCUACCUCACCGAACGGUUUAUCUAAUCUACCUAUCUAUCUGGAUUCUGGUCCGCUGCCGCUGUUAUUCCCCUCCAUUUCUCUAUUUUAUCAUUUUCUCCCAAAAGCUUCGUAUUCCCUUCUUGUAGAUAUUUUGACUUUUUUGUUAUUAUAAAAUUUCCAUUUCUCCAGUCGCCUCCUUCCUUCUUCUUCUCCUCCGCUUCCCUGAAUCUCUCCUCCCCGAUUCCCUCCCAGUCUGCUGCUGCUCUGAAUCGAUCAGCUUCUAAGCUCCAGCUACAGCUCUUUCUACCGUCUGGUCAUUUGCUUCAAUCCUUUUCCUUUACGGUAAUGUAGAUUUUUUUUUUGGAGAAUUUCAAUUUGGACGGAUGUUGUUCCGCUGUUUUGAGCUGUCCUUUACUGAAUUUUCCUUCGGUUUAUUACAUCGUCAUUCCGUUGGAAUUUUGUUGAACCUUCUAUGAAGUAAUCCUGCUCCGACUAAGUCAUGGAUGUGUCUUUUUUUAGCUUUGAAGAGUUCAUGGUUGAUUGUUGACUGUUACGUUGCAGGUUUUAGUUGAGCAGUAUCGUUGGAGCUUUUCUGUUGCUACGGCGAUUCUCCCUGCUUUUGCUCGCCUGUUGUGGUGGCCGAAAGGAGGUGAUUUGAUUUCGUUAGUUUGUUGUUAGAUCAAUUAUCUCGGAUUCAGGUUUCAUAGCUGCUGAAUUUCCUUAGCGUGGAGAGCUUUGGUUCGGUUGAUCUGUUUGUCCAGUCCAGUCGAGAAAGUCAAUGUCUUUGUUGAUCAUGCUGGGAAUUGAUCUCAUUUACUCGGUUAAGGCAUAAAUUGGAUCAUAAUCUUUAAGUUUUUGGUAUCAUAGAGCACAAAAUCUGUUGGUCUUAUUGAGAGUGGAAAAUGUGGGGGAGUUUGGCUAGUAGUAGUUGCUAAUCUAUGUAUUUUGGAAAUCUUUUGUAGGUUGCUUUUAUGGUAGUUGUUUGUUGGUGGUAGUGGAGCAUGACUGAAAGCUAUAGCAAUGCAAGUGCAAGCUCGACUUCAAGUUAUAAUAGCAGCGUCCCGGAUACAGAGGAUGAUCAGGUUAUAGCGAGCCUCUUAGCUGAAGAAGAAAAUGCUAAUGCUGGCAGACAGCUUGGAAAGAGGCUUUCUCAUUUGGAUUCUAUACCUGUACGUUCGACCCUCGCUCUCUUUUUCUUCAUUUCGGUGAAUACUUGAUUCGAGAUUGUAUAUGAGACUGCAAAGUCAGGUGUUAGUGUCCCUUUUGAUUCUUUAGUUGAUUGAAAAGCAAGGAUGAUUAUGGAGGAACUCAUUUAGUUGAGCUUUCAAAGGGUAUUGCUACCUGUUUGUUGUACACCAUUGCCUGAUUGGUGGUCCGGGAUUAAAAUCGCGGUGGUUAAUUGGUUAUUAUUUUGGCAUUUUCUGUACUGCUGAAAAGAUGUCGCAGAUAACCGCUUUUAUGUUUUUUAUCAAAUUUCUAUUUUUAUUACUUCCUUUUGGACUUGUAUGUAACUUGCAAUGGCCAAUUGCAGCACACUCCUCGGGUUAAUGGUCAGAUUCCAGACGUGAAUGAUGCAAGCUUAGAUCAUGUUCGGCUGUCUGGAAGGUGUUUGAUUCAUCAUCCAUACUAUAAAGUUAUUUGCUUGGCCAAUUUGCUGGAAUACUGUACUCGAUGAAUUUUGCCCACGGUCAAGCGUAGUCAUUCAGCAUGUGUCCCUUCUUCCUUUCGCUGAAGUUGACCUCUUACAGGAAUUUUACAAACUAAUGUAGCACAUAUUUUUGCAUUAAUUUCUUUGGAAUUCUACAUUAGUUGCAUUUGCAAUUAUGUUAUGAGAGGGCCAUGUUGAAUCAUGCGUUAUCGGAGUCUCAGAUUACUAACUUUUCAUAGAUGUUGAUGCUAUUGCUUAUUUGUCUUUUUAAUUUUUAUCAUUUGAUCCAGGUUGAAUACAUAUGGUUUGGCAGAACUGCAGAUGGAGGGUGAUGGGAAUUGUCAGGUGUGCUAUAGUUUUAAAUUCUUAUGUUCAUCGAGUAAAUUUUAUGAUGACACCUCCAUCUGUGAACUACCGGACAAAACAUUUAUUCAAAUAUGGAUUGGAAAGGUCUGGUUAACUACUGGAUUCACUUUCAUACAGUUUCGGGCAUUAGCAGACCAGCUAUUUCGCAGUCCGGAUUAUCAUAAGCAUGUUAGGAAGCAAGUUGUUAAGCAGGUAAGACUGUUGAUUCUCUACUGGUAGAUAUUAUUUAUUCAUGCAUGUGAGUUCCCUUUAUUCAUGGAACAGUCUCCCAAGUCUUAUACUUAUGAACUGUUUGUACUCCGUUUGUUUUGUUUUCCAGCUAAAGCACUUCAAGAAAAUGUAUGAAAGCCAUGUCCCGAUGAGGUACAGAAGCUAUGUAAACAAGAUGAAAAAGUAAGACCUUUAGCGUGGGACAAUUUUUUGUAUGUUUGUGCCAGAAGACAGUUUUUACAACUGAGCAAAUGUCGAUUCACUUCAAAUUUUAAUGUUCUUGCUAGAUCAGGGGAGUGGGGUGAUCACGUUACUCUACAAGCUGCUGCAGAUAGAGUAAGUUGACCUCAUGCAUUCUGAAUUUUCGUAUCUAUGCUCCAUAAUUGGCUCAGCUGGAACAGACUUGUACCUGGAUUCAGUUUAAUCAAUACAGCACGUUCCAUGUUUUGACCUUGAACAUUGCGACUCUGAAAGCUCAAGUAUACGUGGUUGUUGAGAAAUUGUCUAGUAAAUUACACGAAGAGGAGAAACUAAUUUGGCCCCUUUGAGUAUUUUGGACUGUCAAACUGGCUUUUCUUGAUUGUUUAGUCUCUUUACUUAGUGUCCCUGUGCUUCUAGUGCAUCGGAAGUCAAAGAUCCAUAAUGCAUAUGGUCAACUUGUAGGAAACAUUAUGGUAAUAGUCAGCGUGUCAGAAUCCAUAGUAGAAGUCCGAACCCCGACCACUGUGUCUUGAUAUUAUGAGCAAGGUUCUUGCUAAUUUCAUGCUGUUUCUAAUGUUUCCCAUUUACACUCCAUUCUUCCGUGCUAUGUUUCUGAUCUCUUUCGCUGCACUUUUCAGUUUGAAGCCAAGAUCUGCUUAGUUACAUCUUUCCGUGACACUUGCUAUAUCGAGAUCAGGCCCAAAGACAAGCCUCCUGGCAGAGGUUUGUGUCACUAGUGUUACAGCGCCCUUCUUUUGUCCGGUUUCGAGAUGUGCUGCUUUUGAGCCGUGUCAAACUUACACCCCCUUUUUGUGGUUCCAGAGAUCUGGCUAAGCUUUUGGAGUGAAGUCCACUACAACUCACUGUACGCGAUCGGUGGUAAUCAAUGCGUUUCCAAACAAUGAAACAAUAUCCUGAUAGAUCAUAGUUUCAUUUAGCAUGUGUUUUCGAGCUUUCAGAACCUAUGUCGUUCUGUGGUAUUCAUUUUUCGAACCAUGUCUUCCUGCAGAUGUCCCCAGCAGAGCACCAAGGAAAAGGCAUUGGCUCUUCUGAUAUGUUUUUCCUUCCUGAAACUAUACUUUCCUGUCGUCCAUGCUUCAUUUCAUCGUCUACCCUCUGCACUUUUUGCAACCUCAGCAAUCGGAUUGUAAGUUAACCGCCGAAAACACAAGACAUGCAGCCGUGCCCUCCUUUUGGUUCUUUCCCCUAUACAAACACAUUCCACUGUACUUUUCAUGGCCGGAGAAAUCGACUGUACCAAAAUUUGUUGCACAGUAAUAACUUAUAUGAAUAUCUGUACCCAGAAACAGAUAGUGAUCAAUUUGUUUCGUUCGAAUUUUAUCUAUACAAACACAUUCCACUGUUUCCCGCUUCUACUGGCCGCCGGCGGCUACAAUUUCUCUAUCGUUCCAAUUUUAUCUGAUGGCCGGCGGCUGCAAUUUGCAAUUCCACUCUUAUCGCGCGAAAGAAAAAGAACCGGGAAAC